AACUAAAAUACUCACCUGAGACGCUGACUUCAGUGCUCGAAGCACUACCAAGUCACAAGCCUUGUUCCACGGAAAACACUCGUUACAACUGAUAGCGCGUUGUCAGAUUAGUGUAAUAUCGCUUACAAUUUUGAUAGACUUGUUGUGAAGGGUCGCGCAUCGCCAGUGCGCGUGAAGCUUUCUGGCGCUCUGGUGCUUGGCUGAGGAGGUGUAAUAGAAUGGACGACGACCUUGAAAUCAAGGGCCCGGGCUACGACCCCAUAGCUGACGAGUUUGCGACGUAUGAGGACUACCUAGACAGCCAAAUCAAUGGCACGGAUGUGUACUACCUUGAGGAUGUGGAGCUGGCACGACAACUGGUCGAGCUGGGGAUACGCGGCAACGGCGAGGUGAUCCGGCGCGAGGAGUUUGAGCAGCGCAAGGAGGCGAGCGAGCAGGCGCGGCAGGCGCGGCUGAACAAGAAGCCCAAGAAGCUGGCCAGCCAGGGCAAGCACGUGGAGGAGUUCCCGCUGCUGCAGGCGCUUAAGGACCGCGAGGAGGCUGUCCGCAACGGCAAACUGACCACCAUUGUGUUCAUUCGCGACAAGAACAGCAAGGGCCAGGAGGUGUCGGGCUACAUUGACUACGGGCACCGGCUCAAGACCGAGAACUGCGAGCCCUACUUUGACCGCAAGAAGCGGCUCAUGCCGCGCCCCUCCGACCUCAGCUUCUACAACUGGGAGACGCAGAUGAGCACCAGCAACCCCACACCAAACUUCCAGGUGAUUGCGGACAACGAGGCCGGGCUGCUGUUCAAGAACAAGCGCGACCGCAAGGUGAUCAACGUGGACCCCACCGCCAAGCCCGGCGACAACUCCACGCGCACCGAGCUGGAGACGGCCGAGUACGCGCAGGUGGUGGUGUACGACCACGUCACGCGGCGGAGGAGCUGAGGGAGGGGGAGUUGAUUGGGGGUGUGGGGAGGAUUGGGGGCAGGGGCCGAGGCAGGGGGAGGAUGCGAAGCGGGGCCGCGGGUUUGGAGGUGCUGGCGGAGCUGGGAAAAAGGAGAAGGCUAGGACGAGGAGGGAGAGGAUGCGCAGGUUGUGACGGUGUUGGGCACAGAGAGGAGCUACUUCCAAUGCAGGCGGAGGGAUGAUGAGGUUGCAGACGGGCUGUUUGUGUGAGUUGGCCCAUCGGUAUGAGUGUAUUGCCCAGGCGCUGAUGGCGCGAAGUGGACACAGCAGCUACACAGAAACAUAUGUUUACUGUGCUUCAUACAAGUUAAAAGAAACAGCCGGUGCUGAGGCGCCGAGGUUGGCGAUACAGGUCAAUUUUGCUGAUAGUGUAAACACACAAAAGC